GAGAUCGUUCGCAAGGCCAUUGGCAGUGGUAUAAACUUGAAGAGUGUUAAGGGACUUAGUGAUGGUGCUUCUUAUGCUGUUAUCGAUGCAUCAACAAAUCCUCAUGCUGCUGGUGUCGCUGCUCACUUGGCACUAUACAACUUCUCGUUCAAAACAUCACCUCCAUCGGCGUUCGACCCAUGGGGCACGGCUGGCGUGCAGAAUUUUUUAAAAAAACUCCACAAAUACCGAGUUUGCCGACUGGGAUCAUGGUGUCGUCUAUGCGAAUGCACAGAACCUGUCAAGAACAUUAAUGGAAUUGCCCGUGAAUAUGAUGACACGUACUGCAUUCUGCGAGCGCGCCAAAACAGAGUUUAUCGGUAUCCCUAACGUGGAGAUCAUUGUCCGUAACGAAGGUUCUCUUAACAUAUGCACUGAUGCCUCGACAACUUGGGAGUCUGAAAAGGACAUGCGCAUCUUACUCUCGGUAACUCAAGGGGCUGAUCAGCCUGCGAGUCACUACAAGGACGCCUGUUCAAAAGACGCACAACCUCUUGCUUUCGUGGGCAAGGGCAUCUCUUUCGACAUCGGAGGAAUCAGAUUGAAACCUUCAGCAGACAUGAAGCUGAUGCGCGGCGAUAUGGGCAUAAUCCGAACUGAGCUUGAAAUCGUAUCAUCUCUACUCGCGAUCGCUCAGCUUCAACUCCCAAUCAAUAUUGUCACCGUCACUCCAACUUGCCCGGCCCCAAAGCCAUCAAGCCAGACGAUAAUCUACGCUAUGAAUGGUAGAUCCGUUGAGGUCGACAACAUGGAUGCUGAAGGUCGUCUUGUUCUAGUUGAUGCGUUGUACUACACAUCAGCCGAGUUCAAGCCGCACACGGUCAUCGACGUUGCCACUCUCAUCGGGGCUGCGGAAGUCGCGCUGGGUGAGAUCUACACCGGUGUUUUCACGGUUCACCUCCGAAACCGACUGAGUCGCAUGCUCCUCGACGAGGACUAUGGGAAACCAGCAGGUUCAUGUACCGCUGCACUAUUCCUUAAGGCGUUCGUAGACGGCAUCAAGGCCAAGGAUGGACAGGAACCCUCUUUCACGCGCCCACCAUACCAGGAGAAAGGAAUGACUGGGCGUCCUGUUCGUGCAUUGGUAUAAUUUGUCAGACGUCUCUCAAGCCAAGAAUGAGAUGUGCAGAGAUGGGUAUUGCUCACUACGAUAGGCCUCUAUUUUGCACGUUUUGCAAAAUGUCAAUGACCAGGUUAGCGGUGAAAUCUAUGUUCCCAGUCCAAUAGAAUAUUUGACUGAAUGAUUACCUGAUUUGUGUAGACUAACUUUCUGACGUUUAUGAGAUUCUGCCCGGAUCACCA